CCCGGUAGUAGGAGGAACUCAAAAGCAGCCAGAGGGAGGAGCGGGGGAGGCUUUUCAAUGCAGCAAGGCAGCUAAGCGGGAGCAGAGUCCCGAGUGCUUGCAAAAGAGCCCUCCCCACGCACCCCUUCCCCCAGUGGGGAGGCUUGGGGGGGGCAGUGUUAGAGGGCAUCCCUGGAGACCAAUCCCGUUAGCCACCGUGGCUCUGUGUGCCCCCCUUUGCAUGGUGUCCCCCUUUGCAUGGUGCAACACUGUGCCAGCCUACAAGCACCUGCUUGGGGAUGCCAGAAAUCACUCUCUCUCCCAGAACCAGCAUCUGUCCGGCCUCGGUUGUCUGUGCGGUGGUGCCAGCAGUGCAGAGCCAGCCUGAAGGAACCACUGCCCAACUGGCCCAGACCUCAAAGAGCUGGGCACAAGGUGGCACUGGAAAAAAGCAAAAGCAAACCAAACCACAACACCAGGAUGUCUGGAGAGAGUGAGGAGAUCACCCGCCUUCGCAAGCCACGCUUCUCCUAUGAGGAGAACCAGAUCCUGAUCCAAGAGGUGAGGGCCAACUAUGCCAAGCUCUAUGGCACCCAGAGCCGGCGGGUGACGGUGGCUGAGCGCCGGCGGGUCUGGGAAGGUAUCGCCACCAAGAUCAACAACAUCACCAGCUGGAAACGGACAGGCCAAGAGGUGCAGAAACGCUGGAAUGACUUCAAAAGGCGCACCAAGGAGAAGUUGGCAAGGGUGCCACAUUCCACCCAGGGAGCUGGCAACGCAUGUGACGAGACCUUCUCGGCUGAGGAAGAGACUAUCUUUGCCAUUCUGGGGCCUGGCGUCAUGAUGGGUGCAGGCGGCGCAGAACCCAGUGCCUUGCAGAACACACCAGGGUUUGCCACCCACAGUUACCGCCUGGCAGCUGAACAUGGCACGGACAUGCCGGCCAGAAGCAAUGUCUCCUGCAGCCCAGAGAUGUCUGCCCGGGCUCCCUGCUGCCCUCUGGAUGGGGGGUUGCUGAGGCCCAAGGAACGUGACUCACCAGCGCCCCCUUCUGCCCAGCCCACGACAUUGCAGAUCGUCCAGCUGGCACCGUCUCCGACCAGCUUGGGCUGCAGGCCACAUCGCGAACAUUCCCCCGUAGAGCCGCUGGUCACCACCCCGUGUCCCUCAACCUCACCACCGCUCCGGCGCCGGCACCCCCGCCUGGACCCGCCCGUCGAACCCCCUCUGGAUUUCCUGCAGGCGCAGAGGGAGACAUCUGAAGCCAUCCGUGAGCUGACCUACACCCUGCGGCAAGGCCUGGAGCGGCUCACCGAUGUGGUGGCGGCCCUUCUGCCCCUCCUCCCUGUCCAAACAAGCAGCCUGCUGCACCCACAGGGGGAGAUCCCUACCCCAACACCAGCCCCUUCUGCAGUGACCUUGCCCCCCAGGGACACCUUCACCACCAAGGUGGAGCCAUCUCCAGAGCAGGGGGAGGACGAGGUUAGGCCUCUGCAAGAGGAGGGGCAGCCUGCGGCCAAAAGUGGGCAAACCCCAAGCCGGGGCCCUCCACCCCAGAAGCGGAGGAAAGGGAUCCCCACUCGGAAACGCAGGGGACGCUGGAAGAACUUGUGAGUGCUUGGAAGGACUUGCUGCUGCUGCUGCUGCCCCCCUACAGGGGGACAAGAGGGGUCAUGGGUGCCUGGUAGGGGCAGGCUCUUAAUGACUUCUCUCUAAACCCCACCCCAAAGAGAUCCCCACCACCAUGCAAGAUUGUACCCUCCCUGACAAAACACGGCCCUGCCCUUGCCCCUGGAGUUGUCACUACAAGGGGUCUCCGUGCCCUCCCAACUCACCACCCAAGAUCAAGCCAAAGGCAGAUCCCCAGGCCACCUCGUGCAGCCUGAUGGCGCUUGAGGAUUCCCUGGUAUUUGCAGUCCCAGGUAGCCAAGAGGUUUAUCAAGCUGCCGCUGGUGAGCUCCCAGUGCUCAUGCCUGCCAGGUCACACGUCUGUGCAGGUCUGGGUUAAAUCAAGGACUGAAAGCUCGCCAGAAAAGGUCAGUGAGAAAUUGGACCGCAGGGGGAGGAUGCAAUGCAAAUGGACAGACCCCCCCCCUGCCAGCUCCCAAGCUUUGGCAGUACCCCCCCCAUCCCAAUAGCUUUCUCUGUUAAGAUACUCUUGGUGUGGGAGAAUAUGGGGUGAUUUGGCAGCCUCCCUGUCCCCCAGAGACCACCAUCCCUUUCUCCUCCCCUCUUUCCUAACCCCAUCCAGCACCUGAAAAGCCAAAAUCAUCCUCAGUUUAAAGCCAGCUCCUCGGAGCCACAUGCAGAGGGAGAGGAGCAAGGCGACCAAAGGCGGCUGUUGGCCUCCCUGAUACAGAAGGCCCACGGGGAGCAAAGACGGCCUCAGACGACCACAGUUUAAGCCAUCCGGCAGUGCCCUUGACUCUGCUCGAUCCCCUCCCAAUGGAUGCUCAAUAAACCUAUUUUCAUACCAUAUCUCCCUCGUACUCAUGGACCCUUAUUCAGAAAGCAGGGAUGGGGUGGGGAGAGGAGAGGAACAGAUGGAGUUUGGGGCAGAGCUUUAUACAAGGAAGAGGAGAAAUCUCCCUCACCAAUACAAAAUAUGAACGUAAUAGUUUAGAAAGCACUUUUAU